AUGGACGGCGUGAACGGCCUCGUAGAGAGCCUGCCUCCGCUCGUGCGCGCGCUCGACGCCGUUGCACAAAUACACCCGUUCCUUGCCCUUGCCGUGGGCGCGUUCAAAGUGGUGGUCGAGCUCGAGGCGAAGCGCCGCGACAACGACAAGAAGAUCAACCUGCUGUUCCUGGAAAUGCGCAACAUGAUGGCUGCGCUUCUGCAACUGCAGGGCGUCCGCACGAACCACGUCGGCCGCGACGGGCUCAGCAUCGGCGCGCGCCUCGAUGACCUCAUCAAGAAGACGGCGAAGGACAUCAAGGAGUGCGCAAAUGCGUGCGACACGUACUCGCGCAAGCGGCUGCUCGUGAAGGUGCUCAAGGCGCCGAGCUGGGACGGGACGCUGAAGGAGUACAUCCAGCUGUUCAGCGACCGCAAGGGCGAGUUCAACUUCGCCAUCUCCAUCCACACGGGGCUCGGAGUCGACCGCGCGAACGACAAGCUGGACACGCUG